UGUAGAUUAGGACGUAGCAGGAAUUUCCUAAACUGUUACCACCCUCUCAAUUAUAAGCCACGGCAAACCUCACGCGCAUGCCUUCUUUUUUUCUUUUGAGAAAGCAUGAGAGGAAUAUACUGCAAGACUGUUGUGUAAAUCUUCUUUCUCCUUGUUCCGGGACAUUUCUGAGUGAUAGGAGAGGAACAAGAAGAGCCAGAAGUGGAUUUUUGAGACGCAUCAGUGGGGUUAGAGCUUGCAUGUCUCUAGUUAAGGUAGAUAGAAUCUCUCAGGCCGAACCUGUUCUGUCAUUUUGCUGCCACUGGCUCGUCUGAAGUGUUGUGUCGGAGUAGCAGCUGAGCCAGGCAGCAUGUUUCCACAAGUGUAGGGGACUGAGACUAUUCUAAAUGUUAAAGGUUAUUGAACCCAAUCAAUACCUGACCCCACCCCCAACCUGACAGUUUGGUUUAUUGUCACUAUGAGACAUGAGUUGGAGAUUAUAAUACCCAUUUUAGUUUCAUUUUUAAGCAUUUUCUCUGAGAGGGAGAGGUGACUAAAUCUCCAGGAUUCCAAGAAGUCUGUACCUGACAGAGCUGCAGUCAUGGGUGAAUGGGGCUUCCUCGGUGGACUCUUUGAUAACCUCCAGGUGCACUCGCCGAUGCUCGGCCGCUUCUGGCUCUUUCUCAUGCUUGUGUUCAGGAUUGUGAUUCUGGGAACCGUCGCCAGUGACCUGUUUGAGGACGAGCAAGAGGAGUUUGCCUGCAACACCCUGCAGCCGGGCUGUAAGCAGGUUUGCUACGACAUGGCCUUCCCCAUCUCCCAGUACAGGUUCUGGGUGUUUCACAUCGUCCUCAUCGCUACGCCUUCCCUGCUUUACCUCAUGUAUGCCACGCAUCACAACAACAAGAGGACCAGCCGCUCCAAAUUCAGCCAAAGCAGCAGCCAGGACUACAGAGAAGACCUCCACCUAAGGAGGCUCUACAUCAUCAACGUGACCUUCCGCAUAGCAGCAGAAAUCGGCUCUCUGGUGGGUCAGUGGUUCCUAUAUGGCUUCAAGGUGGAGGCCCAGUUCCCCUGUGCCCGCUUCCCCUGCCCCUACACAGUGGACUGCUUCACUUCCCGCCCUGCUGAGAAGACUAUCUUCCUCUGCUUCUACUUUGCUGUAGGGGUGAUAUCAGCGCUCUCCAGCAUUGUGGAGCUUCUCUACAGCUCCAUGAAGUGGUUUUGCUCCAGGAGGGAGGACCCCCUCCCCUCGGAGUGCUCCUGUGCCCUCCAGAACCUCCACAACAAGGAAGAGGAGGCAGCGGAGAAACCAGGAGUAAAGGCAGCACCAGGGAGCAUUCCCAGCAGCACCAUGAGGCUGAAGGCAGGAUCGAUGAGAAGCAGCAGCAGCAGGAGGGUCCACAGCAUCGGCCACAAGUACAAGAGCGGAAGAUUUGUGAGCAGCAGGACUCUCAUGGUUUAAGCCACAAUCAGAGUAGUAAACUUGCAUCUAUAUUUCUAAUUCUAUAUUUCAUUGCAAAUGGUUUCACCUUUAAUGAAUGAAGGAGUUUUUAUGAUGGGACACAUCAUAAGGAAAUGUUUGGGAGUCCAAAGAUCAGGAAAGGGUUAAAGGCGAGACUGAUGAGAGGACGGAUACGACUCGUUAUCUUGCUUGUUCCGAUGAUUCAUUACCCAGCAUAAACAGAUCAGGAGGAGAAAAACCAUCCUCUCGAAUUAACUUGAUGCACUUGAUUGCUUCUCUGUUUAAAAGAGAGCUGCCUGUACACCCUGCUUAGACCAAACAUCCACCCAGAAACUGCACUGGAACAUGAUGUUAUUUCAGUGGUGUUAAUAUCUAUACACCAAGGUAGUUGUCUGUAACUGCUGGAAACAUCUGCAGGAUUUAUUUUACUGUGUACAUUUUAGGAAAUAUGUUUAUUUUAUAUCUUACAGAUGAGUUAGAGUUGAUUGAACCUAUCACUAGAAGCUGUGCAAAGAGUCCAGAAUAACCCCUCGUUCAUUCAUUCAUUAGUCUGCUCAAUAGUUAGGAGGGAGUUUUGUGUCAUCACCAUCAGCCAUGGUGUCAUUUUCCUUUUUUUUUCUCUCUCUUUUUUUUUUUUUAAUAGAGCACACCAAUUUGUUGUAUUGUUAGUAGAAAUGACCUGCCAUAGACUGGUGCUAACCAAUAAACUGUGUGAAAAUGCAUUGCCAAUAUGACAAAUUGCAUUUUUAAAAACUAUUUUUGUGCCACUCAGCAUUAGCGCAGCAUAGCCAAGGAAGGAAAAUGAAAUUUUAAGUUUUUGUAGUUUAAAUGUCUUUUUUUUUUUAUUCAUGAUCUCCUCAGUUUGUUGUUUUUUUAUAUGCAAUUAGUUGAUUAAAAGUAGGUUUGAAAUGAGUGAUUUCAUUUCAUUAUUCAGUGGGCAUAAGCUAUUAAGUGUUUGAGGUCUAUAUUGAUAAUACACCUAUUAACCUUCCAGCUAACAGACUUCAAUAUUUGUAUAUUUAUCUCAAGUCAUAUCACAAUACUGAACAAUGCUGUCAUUUGUUAUCAGAGGAACAUCGUAAAUUCUUCAGAUUAUUAACUAUGGAUUACUAAAUGACCUGAUUUUCAUACUUUCUGGACAUAAUCGUGACCUUUUAUGUGUUUUACAUUUGUAGCAACGGUUUGAGCUGAUUUUCUGGAGAUGAAUUAGGUGUAAAAUGAAAUAAUGCUCACAGAUUUUCCACAUAUUAUACAGGCCUAUCAUGGACACUACUUUUAUCAGUUCUUUAUUUAAUUGUUGAGAACUCUGCUCUCUAAAUGCAGUGCGCUGUGUUAAAUAGAGUGACUUUGGACAUGACAAACAGCUUAUGUGACUAUUUGAGUUUAACAAAAUCCAUAUAGCAGCGCCUUCCAUUAUGUUAUAGCUUGCUUGUUUAAUUGGCACAAAAAGUAACCAAAAAAGAGUGUAAACUGCUAUUUCCUGGGUGGGGCGGGAACAUGAUUCAAGUGGCAGGUUUUAGAAAUUUUAACUAAUGCUUUAUUAAUAGUCAAUAAUUUAUUUGCUAAAGUUAUUAUAAAAAUUAAUUUGGGUUGCCAGGAUGUGAAAAAAUACACAAAUGACCGCUUGGAAAAGAGCUUUAGAUGUUCACAGACCAAACUCUACUCAUAUAAUAUCUUAUUAGGUGUGUGUUGGUUAAUAGCUACAGUAUUACCAAAUAAAAGGAAUAAACGCUUGUUACGGGUUUAUUUUUUUUUCCAGUUAUGUAGCUCAAACCUGACCUCAUAACAGAUGCUACUUUACUUCAGAGUAAAUCUUGUAUACGGUGUCAUCACUGCAUUGUGAACACAACCAAGUUAAACCACUGAUUGGAGCCUUAGUUUGAAAGUGAUGGUCUGAAAAGAAACCUACUGUAGUGAAACAGCAGCACGCAGCUGGACUGGUUGCUCAGGUUUUAUUGUGUUUGCGUCUUUCACAUGAUCAAGGAUGGAAAAACUGUAUGCACUUAGAAACCUUCCGUGAGUUGUGAUGUUUGUGAUGUUGUAUCUCUACACCGCCUAAUUGUCAUUAGGGUCACGGGGGAGCUGGAGUCUAACCCGGCCGGCUUGGGGCGAGAAUGGAGGAAACUCUGGACAAGUCACCAGUCUGUCACAGGCCUCAAUGCCAGCGUCUGUGGUGUAGUUACGCAACUUAUUUCUGUUUAGUCAGCACAUAGAGUUUCGUUUUGACUAUUAGUUUUAUUUGAAGCAGUAUAACUUACUGCCAGUGCCUCCUUGAUUCUCUUGAAAUACUUGAUGGGUUUUGUUUUUACCAACGUCCCUGUUGUCUUUACGGUAAUACUUCAUUAAAGAACAUAACAUGU